UGAGUAAACCAUGGAAAAAAGGACCUUGAUAUUUUGAGGAAUGUUGUUAUCUUUACUUCAAUUAUUAUAGGCUUAUAAUAGGAAAAAUCAAGUGCAUAUUCAUGUUUAUCGAGGUUUAAUUAUUUAUGUAACAUACAGCCAUGACAUCUUUCAGCUCAAAGUCGCAUCAAAUUUGCCUUCGAUUUGCAAAGUUACUUCAAUCGAAGUCGAAAAGUUUCUUCGGGGCAGCAGAUGGUCUAUCAUCACGUACAAAAUCUAACUUUGCCUGCUUGGCUGUUUGGCCUAAGAGGCUAUCUGUACCGGUAGUGGCCGUUGCAAGAAGUAGGCCUAGGCUCAGGCCUAAUGUUAAUGUUCCCCAAAGGAGUAUCAACACAUUGCCUUCAAAUUUUGUAUUUCGGCAGUUAUUUGAUCAUCAAUCAUUCACCCUAACUUACCUGCUUGGUGAUAAAGUAUCUGGUGAAGCUAUUUUGAUUGACCCUGUUUUGGAGUUGGUUAAUCGUGAUGUCAAUUUAAUGGAGGACCUAGGAUUAAAACUUUUAUAUGCAGCAAACACACAUUGUCAUGCUGAUCACAUAACAGGAACUGGUGAAUUAAAGAAGCGUAUCCCAUCAUGUCGCAGUGUUAUCAGUAAAGCUAGUGGGGCACAGGCUGAUGUGCAUUUAGAAGAAGGGGACAGGAUAUGUUUUGGUGAAUGGUGUUUAGACACUUUGAAUACACCUGGACACACUAAUGGCUGUAUGACCUUUGUACUGAAAACUGAGGGUCAACCAAUCAUGGCAUUCACAGGAGAUGCCAUUCUCAUAAGGGGGUGUGGCAGGACAGAUUUUCAGGAAGGUGAUUCAUCAGUACUAUAUGAUAGUGUCCACGGAAAAAUCCUGUCAAUGCCUAAAGACACAAUCCUUUAUCCCGCUCAUGACUACACAGGUCAAUUUGUUACCACGAUUGGUGAAGAACUAAAAUUCAACCCAAGGCUUUCACAACCAAAGGAGCGGUUUUUAGAGAUAAUGGAACAGUUGAACUUGCCAUAUCCAAAAGCAAUAGACAAAGCUUUGCCAGCCAAUAUGGUAUGUGGAAUAUAUGAUGUUGAGAAAACAUGUUAGACAAGGAACACACACUAGCAGACAGCAGGCUACCAUUGACACACAGUUGGAUACCUUUCAUAAUUGUGUAUAUUUACGUUGAUCUAAGUCGGGUUGGCAUUCAAACCAACCGCAGGGCCAAAGUGAAUUUUGAUUUAACACUGAGGGCUGCACCCAAACUUUGAUGUUUCAAGUUGGCUUUCAAAAACCUUCAUUCACUGCUUAUAUUUCACGUUAUUUUCAGUUUUAAUAUUAAUUUUUACAGAUAAUUGGUCUCAGGCCAUAAAAAACAAGGUGUUUUCUAUUUAAAGACAUUUGGCUGGCUGCACACGUAGAGUUUUUAAUUAGUUUUCGUGGGCCGCAAAAAAAAUUGUUGUCGGGCCACAAUUGUUGUCGGGCCACACUUUGCCCACCUGUCAUCUAAGUUUACUAUUUUUAUGUAAUGUACAGCCAUGGCAUCUUCUGGUUCAAAGUCCUAACAAACCUAAUUAAGAAAAAAAAUUGAAAUACAGUUCGUUUACUCGUUGCUGUGUUGUGUACCUUCUGAAUAAAUUCUCUAAAUCCUGGAUUUUGGGAAA